AUGGGGUGUUGCUACUCAUCGUCUUCCGGGGAAGUUCCUCAACAUCGAGCCCAUCAAAACCACAGAGAAGGAGAUCCACCAUUGACAAAGUUCUCCUUCUCCGAUCUCAACAUGGCCACCGAAAAUUUUAAUUUGAAAAAUAUUGUUUCAGAGAGCAUAGGAGAAUCGUCCAAUGUUGUCUACAAGGGCCGUUUGCAGAAUCGUGGCUUGGUCGCUAUUAAGAAAUUUAAUAAUAUGACUUGGCCUAAUCCUAAGACAUUUGUGGUAUCCUUUCUUUUUUAA